UGCAGGUUGAUAGUAGAUGUUUGAAGUUUGAUUGCAUUUGAUAGCAGUUGGUUGUUUGGUGUUUGCUAUUUAUUGUUGAUUGUUGGUUUUAAGUAUUAAUUUUCUAGUGCUCUUUAUGGUUGUUGGUGCUGUUGUUAUUAAACAUUUGCAUUCCUACGUGUGCGACUGCUGAUUUUCCAACAAUACGAACUACUAAUCUCGCAACAAAGAUAAUUUAUUGCGGCAGCAGACACAAAAGGGAAACUUAUCGAUUAGUUUUCCACCGUACAAAUACAUACACAAACCAACAAUCAACCAGCGAGUCAAAAAGAAAAUCUGUUUCCUUUGACGGUCAAUUGUGUGUUUAAAAAGAUGUAUAUAUGUAGAUGAAAAUAAGUGUAAAAUGUUAUUGUUCUUGUUGUUUGUGCGCGGCAACGUAAUUGACGGCAAUUGGUGAGCGUUUACCAGACGGCCCCCGUUUGUCUUCUUAGACACCAACGUGGAACGGCUAGAAGUGAUUGGAAUUUAACGGUAUUGGUGGGGGUCGAAUACAAAAAUACGUGGAAAAGAAAAAUACCAAAAUAAAUCAAUUGGUGUUUUAAUAAUUUGUUUGAUGCAAAAAUGUUAAGAUGAAAACGUGAAAAUAAAAUUGGCAAAACCAUAAAUUAGUGAAGUAAAAUAUCACAAAGUGCAAAAGGUGCGAGGGGCCAACAGCAGCGUACAGCGACAAAAGAAGAGUAAUAACGCAAAGUGUGAAUUCCAAAAAGAAACAACAAAAUAGAAAACGUAAGGGAAGCAAUCAAGAAAAAUAAAAUUUAGUGCAAAAUAAUAAAAGUAAAUAAACGUUGCAAAAAAGUAUUAAAAAAGUAGCGGAGAAUCUGUAAAUAAUGUGAAAAUGUCGCUUUUAUAGUGCUAUAACUCAUUUUAAUUACAAGAAAUUAAGACCAACAGCAAAAAAGUGAAGAGCACAACAACCGAAGGCUUCAUAUUAUUGCUGUUGUUUGCUGUUAAAACCAAGCGGGCAAGGUUGGACGUGACUUCGCUGUUGUUGUCGCUAUUGCAGAAGAGCUAAAAUGUGGAUAUCAUCCAACAACAAAUACGGCGUUGCCAUUCACAACUGGCAUGGUGAUGUCCGCUACGGUCUUCCGCUCGAUGUGGGCGACUCCGUCGAAAUACUGGAGGAAUGCACAAAUUGGUAUCGCGGCACAUGUGCGCGCAAGUCACGUGCAGUCGGUAUCUUUCCCAAAACCUAUAUACACAUCAAAGAUCUAUCGAAGAUUGAUCCAGUUGUCGCCGAGUGUACGCAAGUGCUGCGCGAAUGGUCCGAAAUAUGGAAGAAACUUUACGUGGAUCGCGAAACGUAUAAAUUUCACACACUGCGUAAGGUGAUGCUGUCAAUUCUGGAUUGUCGUCGCGAACUGUUGGGUGCCACGCUGACGCAGGAUCAAACACUGGAAUUGCAAACAUUGGUUGUAUCGCGCAUCGAUUGGGGAAAUCGUAAACUGGCCUUGGAUCAGGUGCCACGCAUCGGCCCAUUAGCAGUUGAUCCGCACAAAAUCGGAAUUGUGGGACUUUACAACGUCCAUGUGACUAGCGCAGACAAUGCCAAGGCGUCAUCGAGCCGCGGUACGUUACGCCGCAAAGUUCAAAGAAAAAUACUCACACACCAUUUGUACUUUUGUAUGCGUGAUUUUGGCCACCGCAUCGGCGGCGAUGAUGCUGAGAUCUAUUUCUUCCUAUACGAUGCCAACCCAUCGCGCAUGCGUGCGCUAUCGGAACGAUUUUUGGUUAAAAUCUCAAAGGAUGGUUUCUCGAAUUAUAUAGAAAAAUUACACAGCAAUUGUACAGUGUUUACGGAUUUGGGUGCCAUCGAUUUGAAUGAAGAUUUACAUUUAGUGGCUGUGGUAAUGCGAGUGGGCAAAAUUAUCCCCUCGGAGACGGGCAAAAAAGUUGAAAAGAACAGUAAUGUUUACGGCACAAGUCCCACCUAUCGUCGACCUUUCGGAGUGGGUGUGCUGCCGCUAAACGAAAUUAUACACUAUGACAGCUCUGUUGAAUCUGAGGAGAAGGAAUUUAAUUUUAAGAUUUAUCAAUGCGAAGAAAAAGACUUUCAUCAACUGCACGAACUAAUCAUUAAGAAAUCAAAUGGCAAAUUUUCGCCAAUAACCUCAGGCAAUCAAAACACGCAGGGCAUCGUAGUGUCUCUCAAACUGCUGCAUGGCGGUCUCGGUCAAGCGCGUCAAGAGCAACCGCUACUCUUCCAAGGCACGACAAUCACCCGGAAAAUGGGUUUUCCCGACGUCAUUAUGCCCGGCGACGUGCGCAACGAUCUCUUCAUCACCUUGGAGCGCGCUGAAUUCGAGCGUGGCGGCAAGAACACUGCCAAAAAUAUCCUAACAACCGUGGUUGUGCUCGAUACAGGUGGUACUAUUCUGACUGAAUGUUUGUGGGGUGCUUCCGGCAUGGAUUCGCAAAACUACUACAAAUCCAUGAUACUCUACCACCAAAACUCACCCUGUUGGAAUGAAAUGCUACGCUUAAGUGUGCCAAUCGAUAAAUUCUCAACCGCGCAUGUGCGCUUUGAGUUCCGGCAUUGUUCUACGCGCGAUAAAUCCGAUCCCAAACUGUUCGGUUUCAGCUUUGCGCGCUUAAUGGACCCAAGUGGUGCGACACUCACCGAUGGCCAGCAUGAGUUGUACGUUUAUAAGUGUGAGGAUCCGGCAAAGCUGCAUGCUGGCAAUUAUCUGAAGUUACCAAGUAAACCGAAGGAUCCACAAGCGAUAGUGGAUUGCAGUUCGAUAUUUCAUCGUAGUUCGAAGGAAGUAUUUAUCAUAAAAUCACUGUUGUGCUCAACAAAACUGACCCAAAACGCGGAUUUGCUAUCGCUUCUCCAAUGGCGCACGAAUCCCGAAUCUAUACAAGACUCACUCACGGGCGUACUGCGGUUGAAUGAUGAGGAACUGGUCAAAUUUCUGCAGGAUGUGCUAGACGCGCUAUUCGCCAUGUUCUCCAACGAAGAAGGCAACAGCACUGAGCAUUCGGGUUUGGUGUUUCAUGUACUCGUCAGCAUCUUCAGCGUAUUGCAAAGCAACAAAUUCCAACACUUUCGACCUGUAAUGAAUGUUUACAUUGAAAAUCACUUUGCCGCAGCACUCGUCUAUAAGGGACUAAUCACAUCAGUCGAGCAUAUGGCAGUGUUUAUGACCAAAGCCGAACAUCCCGACCCAUUCCAAAAAUGCUUUAGUUCAUUGGAGUAUAUUUUCAAAUUGCUGAUACAAUCGCGAAAACUGUUUGCACGUGCUACUGGCGGCCAAUACGAGGACUCAUUCCGUAGGGAUUUACAUUCGCUCUUUACCGCGCUUAACGGUAUGUUGGCAGUGCCGUCCUACGAUGUGAUCAUACCAACACAAGAGGCGCUGCUGAACUCCACUGGCGUGGUGCUGGAACAAUUGAAGGACACUUUGCCAGCGCCUGAGUUGGGUAUGUUGGCGCGCAAUAUGCUCGAUGCCAUACCCAGAGAUGCACCCGUGCGCCUGAUACAAGCGAAGUUGAAUGCUGUUAAGGAUCUGGUGUCCGGCGAACUAUUUCACGAAGAUGAUUCACGCACUGUGGUUCUCUCAGUUGCCUGCAAACACCUACGCAUGCAUUUGGGACGUCGCGACGAGUUGCGUCUUUGCGCUGAAAUCAUAUCUGAAAUUCUAAAUCAUCUCUAUGACUUGCAACGACAACAACGCGAAAAAGUGACAAACACUUUGCAACACGAUCUGGAUUCGCUGUGCAAGAAUAUACUCGGCAUACUCAUCAAAACCAUUAGCAUAAUGAUGGAAGGGGCGCACGCCGUGCUGCCACAACUGGUCGCCUGCCUGCUUGGUUUGCUGCAGCUGCUCGAUGAGACACAUUACAAACACUAUUGGGAUGAACUGAGUCCCAAUAAAGAUCCACGUGAUUUGAAAGAUUUUCUCAGCAAAUCUUUAAUGGUUUUCGAGGAGCUACUCUCGCAGGAUUGGCAGGUGUUUCCCAUCGAUUGGCUAGUCAUGAAGUUAGCUUGCAAUGAUGUGCUGCGUAAGGCGUUGGAGGAAUUCGCAAAACCAUUGGUUUAUCGCUUUCUCGGUUCGCAAUCCUUUGAUUCACCACUUUGGUGGUCCUACUUUAGUUUGGCUGUCACAUUUUUAACGCAACCCUCACUGCAGUUGGAAAAAUAUCGCGAACCGAAGCGCCGAAAGAUUUUGAAUACUCACGGAGAUAUGCGUGUGUUAAUGGGGUUCCAAAUACUCAGCAUGUGGUCGCAGUUGGGUGAACAGAAAUUGCACUUUAUACCCUCUAUGGUGGGACCGUUCCUGGAAGUAACGCUCGUGCCAGAACCAGCGCUGAGAAAGGCGACCUUAACGGUGUUCUACGAUAUGAUGCAGUGCGAGCAAAGCGCACGUGGUUCCUUCCGGCUGGUGGAGAGUGAGCUUAUCGAUAAGUUAGAUUUACUAAUUAGCGAAAAUAAAGGCGACGAUGAGUAUCGCGAACUUUUCAGCACAAUGGAACAUCUGAGCUUGGUUUUACUGGAAAAAGUUCAAACGGAGAAUCCCAGCUGGAAAGACUCUGGUACAGCUUUUAUAGCAUCGGUAACGCGUUUACUGGAGCGUCUAUUGGAUUAUCGCAGCGUUAUGCAGGGCGAAGAGAAUCGUGACAAGCGAAUGUCUUGCACAGUGAAUUUAUUGAAUUUCUACAAAAAUGAAAUAAACCGGAAAGAGAUGUAUUUAAGAUACAUCUAUAAACUGCACGACUUGCACCUGCAAGCCGAAAACUACACCGAAGCCGGUUACACGCUCAAACUCUACGCGAACAUGUUGAAUUGGGAUCGUGAAUCACUCUGCUUCGCUCCGAACGAUAAUACUGGGCAACCUGAGUGGCAGCGCAAAGAGCGGCUCUAUCAUGAGAUUCUAAAAUAUUUCGACAAAGGCAAAUGUUGGGAGAAGGGCAUUCCCUUAUGCAAGGAAUUGGCUGUGCUCUAUGAAACACGUCGCUUCGACUACAAUAAGCUCAGUGAAAUACUUAUACUCGAGGCGAAGUUUUUCCAAAAUAUCUUGACACAAUUGCGCCCUGAGCCCGAAUAUUUCCGUGUGGGUUUCUUUGGGCUUGGUUUCCCGCUCUUUGUACGGAACAAACAAUUUGUGUAUCGCGGCUUGGAGUAUGAACGUAUAGGUGCUUUCACUCAACGCUUACAAACCGAAUUUCCUACAGCUCAGAUUUUGACUAACAACAGUCCACCGGACAAUUCGAUACUCACUGCAGUCGAGCAAUAUAUACAAAUUAGUAAUGUGCGGCCGGUUGGUGAUGCGCAAGCUCUAAAGACGGCGAUGGUGCCGGUACCGGAGAAAAUUGCUAGAUUUUAUGAGGUCAACGACGUAACGCGCUUCAUCUACGAUCGUCCCAUCUAUAAAGGUCCGAUCGAUAAGGAUAACGAAUUCAAAUCACUGUGGAUCGAACGCACCAAAUUGGAAAUUUCUAAUCCACUCCCAGGCAUUUUGCGUUGGUUCGAGGUGAAACACAAGUCUGUGCAUGAGAUCACCCCAGUAGAGUUUGCAUGUGAAACUAUGAAUAAUGUCGGCAAGGAAUUGUGGGAUCUAAUUGUGCAGUACCGCAGUGAACCGAAGCGUAAUAUAAAUCCUUUCUCGAUGCGCUUACAAGGCAUAAUCGAUGCCAAUGUCAUGGGUGGCAUAAGCAAGUAUCAAGAGGCAUUCUUCUCGGAGCAGUUCCUGAAAUCUCCCCAGGGUCAUGGCCAACAGGCAAAUGUGCAAAAAUUGAAAGCGCUUAUACUCGAACAAAUUCAAGUGCUUGAGCAGGCUCUGGAAUUGCAUGGUACACUAGCGCCCGCAGGCGUACAACCGCUACAUAAUCGUUUGCUUGAACGCUUCUCGCAACUAAAACAAAGUUUAUCGGGUUUAGGACGAUUGAAGCGCCAACAUUCGGAGAGCAUAGUAAAUACGCCGCUGCCACCACUACCCACAGAAAAGCGUACGCUGAGCCUAGGCAAUCCUAAUAUGAGUGCUGGACCUUCAAAUUAUUAUGGUGUCUAUGAGCAGGAUGACAUCUAUACACGUCCGGGUGAUACCUUACGUCCUGUCGAAGCUGGCAAUGCCUUGCUUAUAAAUAACUCCUACCAAACGCUGAGCAAUGAAAGCGUGAGUAUAACGGAAAUCACGCGUGACAAAGUGCCACCUAUACCGAAUCGCCCGCGUUCGCAGAACUUCAUGCCUGCCACCGAAGGUCCGGAAGUGCCACCUAAGCGUAAUCCUAAUCAGGUGGGUUCAACAAAUGCGCCACCGCUACCGCCGCGUGGCAUAACGCCCGAUAAACGCGCUUCAAACCCCAUUGCCAUAAAUGAUUUCUCGAGUAGCCAUUACCCCACAGGUGGUUCCAUACCGCGCCGCCCAUUAUCUGCACAUCAACAGCAGCAGCAGCAGCAGCAGCAACAACAUGAACAUGGACAAAAGUAUUCAGUGGUAGAUAUAAGCUUUGAUGAUCCCGAGGCUGAUCAGCCGCCACACUCGCUGACAAGUGUUGGCGAGCCGGGGCAACUGAAUGUGGCCAGCUAUGGGCCGCAUGAUUUUCGUGAUUCAGGCAUCUCAACGACCAGCUCACACGAUUUCAAUAAUUUAAAUAAUCUGAGCGAGGAGUCGUCCUCUAACUCUUUGAGCACCGUGCAUCAUCGCGAUCACUGUCGCAUGACAUCGAACGGCAGUGCGGAUAGUACCUAUACCAUCAACACUACGCUCAAUAUAAAUCAUCGUGAAAAUUCGGCGAGCUCCUUCGAUAUGGAAGAUUUACCAAUGCCAGCACCACCUCCCAUACCACCCAAGUCAUUGAAUAUUAUCGUCACUACAGAUUCCUCUUCGCUUGACGAGCAUCAUUCGCCGAUUCCCAAUGCAAAUCAAAACCAUAACUCAUCCAAUCAUACGCAUACGCAUGCCUUAAAUCAUCCAAAUCAUUUGCAACAACACUCGAAUCAUAAGCACAGUCAGAAUCAUCAACAGAACGGCGCCAACACCAACGAUAAUUACUUAGUACCCAAAAAGAGUGAGGCCAACGCCGACAAUGCUAGCGCCACCGAAUCACAAAAUGAUGGCGGCACUUUUUGAGUUG